UCGUGACACCGCUCCGCGAUUCACUUACACGAUUUACUUGGAAUCGCAUCACAUCUCAUUAUCCUAUAAUUACUUACGUUAAUCCCUUAUCAUUCGCCGCUAUCUGCUCCGAUAUACCCUUAAAAAUAACUGGCUCUGUUACAAUAAAAAUAGACUGUUCGCAAAUUGCGUAGCUAGAGUAAAGGAGAGUGUUAAAAAUCAGAUACGUGUGAAGUGUAGAAUGUGCGGUAGAGUAUAAUGCGGGGCGGCGUGAGGGAAACAGUAGCAGUGCGUGUGUCGAGUUGGCGGUGGCGGUGAGUGUGAAGCGCGUCCAGCGUGGCGGAGAGUGCGAGCGGCGGACGUGAAGCGGGCAUGGGCGGGGCGGGCUGGGCGCGCGACGCGCCCGCGCUGCUGAGCACGGCGCUGCUGCUGGGCGGCGGCGGCGCGCUGUCGGACCGGCCGCCGCCGCCGCUCUUCACCAUCGACAGCAUCCUGGCGCCGCGCCCGCCACCGCCGCUGCCACCGCUCCAGCUGCACCACCUGGCACAUACGCCCUUUCAUAGGGCACAUGAACUUUUCGGUGUUAGCAACGCAGUGACAAAUGCCAGCAACUAUGCAAAUUUGUAUGGUGGAUACGCGGCUGCGGCGCUCGCGGGUCUAUCAGGCCCUCCUCCCAAACGCAAGCGCCGACAUCGAACGAUCUUCACUGAGGAACAAUUGGAGCAGCUAGAGAGCACAUUCGAUAAGACACAUUAUCCAGAUGUGGUGCUUAGAGAGCAGCUGGCGUUGCGGGUCGACCUGAAAGAAGAAAGAGUUGAGGUAUGGUUCAAGAAUCGUCGGGCCAAGUGGCGUAAACAAAAGCGUGAAGAACAAGAGAGGCUUCGUAAAUUACAAGAAGAGCGAGCUUGUGGUCGCGCCCUUGUCCAGCAAAGGGCGCACAUGGCGUCGCCUGUGCGGCCGCCGCCCGCGCCGCCCACACCACGACCCUACACCGACGAGUCAGAGGACUCCGACCUAGAAGUUGCUUAAGUGAUAUUAUAUCAAAACUAUUCAGUGAUAAGACUCGUCAGUUAGACAAAAGACAGUUUUGGUGGUUGCGGCUCGUCACGUGAAAGACUUGUGAGAAAAAGACUAUAAAUACAUGUGAUGGUGUAAAGUAAAUUGAUCGAUUCGAGUAUGGUGUAUAUUUUAUUUCUAGAAAUGUUUGCAAUCUAUUUGCUUACCUAUGUAGAAAUUUUGUAUUAUUUAUAUUACUGUUAAUAUAACGUAAACUUGUAGAUUAUACUUAGUUAGUUAAAAUAAGCUCUUGUAAUUAUUUUAUUCUCUACAAUAUUAGCUUUAAGUCAGAAUAUCCGAGUUGGUAAUAAGCAAAAUUAAUAUUAACACACAAAGUGACUAUCUACUUAGUACUAUAGUAUCUACCUACCUACUUAGUAUUAGGUACCUACCUACCUACACUCGAGUACACGCGUGAAUUGAAUAUCUCUAUCUUGAAUUAUAAAUUAUACAUACCACAUACAUACAAUAUUAAUAUAUAACAGGUGUUAAAGAAUGGUACCUAAUUAAUAGCCCUUAUUUAAAUAAGAAUAUGUAGAAAGAAGUGGACUAAGAUAUCACUUAAUAAAAGGGCUAAUUUAAUUCAAGAUUUUGUUAUAGGUCCUUACCAGCAAAGCAAUUAAAAAAAAGUUCCAAUGUACAGUUAAACAAAACAAGUCUAGGUAGUUCUAUUUCAGUAUUAAAGACAACACGUUAAUCUCUACAAUUACAUACGUACCUACUUUACAUGCAUUAUCAUUAAAUACAGUAAUAUUCAGAACUUAAAAUAAAUUAUAAGUAUGAAUUGAUCUUGUCUCAUAUGAAAAUGUGACAAAUUAACUUGUUAAAACUUUUCAACUUCGUCGAAGUAUUAUUAACAUUGUAGGUAGCUCGAUCUUAUACUUAACUAAUUGAAUAACAUUUCAGCUGUAUUAUAAUAAAAUAUGCUUAUGAAGUAGACAUAUAAACUGGCAAUUCAAAUUAUAAGGCAGGGAUUUCACGACAUCUACUACGUUCUAUAUCAAUACAUAGGUAUUUAAUAUGUAAAUAAGUUUAGCCCAAAAACAAAAAUGACGAUUUGAAACUACGGGUAAUAAAUACCUCAAACCUUCUUUGACAAAUUUUUACUGUUUUUAAUAAAAUAUUGAUUGCUGCAUGUCUGUACUGUUACAACUACAAUAGUACUGUUUCAUCUUCAUAAAGUUGCAAUAAUAUGUAUUAUGAUGGUAUUGUACGUUGUACGUA